UGUCAAUAUUUCACGAAAUAUUUUGCUUGCGAAUAUUCCGCCUUGACAAAUCAACCGAGCUCCACAUGCUUAGAGUGUAGUUGAAAUUUCUCCGGCGAAAAGUUUGUUGUUUUUUCGUCGUCAUUUUGUUGUACUCUGACGUUGUUGCUAUUGUUAUUGUUGUUGUCGUUUUAGGCUUAACAAUCAGUGUCUGAUUGUGGUUUUCGUGCAUUAUUGUACUAAUGUUAUGUGUGUUAAGGUUUGAUUUUCAAAAUAUCCUGUGAACAAGGGUCCUCGCCAUUCUCGUAAAUGUUGUCAUAUUUUUGACGUAUCGUAGGGUUUUAUAAAUCGGAAUUAUGACGGUUUAUUUAGCGAGCGACGGUAGGUAGUAGAGUGUAGCUUGAACGCGCACGCGCACCUAGAUGUAAAAAAUCAUUCAAAGGUAACAUUUGGAGUAGUAUUCUGAAUGGUCAGUAAUGGAGCUUGUUAACUUAUUGACUAUGUUUUUAUUGAGAUUAGGUUGUUUAACCUUUACCAAUUUUCGUUUCUGUGGCUUCCAGUGCUUUAAUCUUUUGACUAUGGAAGCAAAUUAAAACUAAAGUAAAAUCUUUUUUGUAACGAACACCUCUCUGAAGCAGGCACUUUUCUCAGGAACAGAUGGAAUGACAGUCAAACUCUCAUAAAACUUCUAUGUAGCAAACGUUGCAGCAGGCACCUAUCUAUAAUGGACGUCAUUUAAAGGUCCCAAUUUACAUUACCCCUAGAUCCGACCACUGCAUAGAACAUGCGCCCAAUAAUAAAACAAAUGUAAAUGUAAUAAGUUUGUCUAUAUUUUACUUAAUAUGUCACAAGUUCAUUAAAUUCUUUUUUUCAAAAAUAAAGCACAAUUCUUAAUUUCUUUGCAGAUUCUUACGUCAACCUUUUUUACAAUAUUGUCAUUGGGCUCUUUCACCUGUUUGACUAUAUUUUGUCAGCAAUGCGUGCCAAUACAGGAAAACCUCUUCAUAGCGCAAACUUUUUUGAUUCCUAUGGUGACCGCUAAAAAGAGGUUUCGCUGUAAAGCUGUUUAGAGUGCGUAUAAUUUAUGAAUGACUCCCAAUGCCAUUAAAUCUUCUCCACAAGCGAGUGGAAACUCACCACUGUGGACGGAAGAUGUGACUAUUCUUGCCGAUGCAUUAAUAAUAAUUUUAUUUCUUUACAUAUAAAGUAUAUUACAGUAUGUCAAAACUUUCUCCGCGUGAGAGCGGGAAACUGAUAGCUGCUAACAGCAAACAUGUAACCGUCCAUCGCAACUCAACCGCUGCGAAGGAGAUUUUUCAACGAAUGAAAGAACAAAAAUACUCGAGAUCCUUGUGGAAACAGUGGCCUCUACAUCCCAAGAAUUUAACUAAAGAGACAGUUGAUUGGAUCUUUGUUGUGGACUCGCUUAACUUCUCGUUUUGGCUUGCUGGAGAGAAGCAAUUUCAACUAGAAUAUAAUGGGAAGGUUUAUGAAGAUUACGAGGCCUUGUGUGCCGCAAUUAACCGUGCUUUAGAUGAGGGUGUUGCUAUAACAACACCAGCUUACUACAAAAACAUCACAUUGGACGAGAUUAAUCACGUGUUCAGAUCGUGCAAUGGCACUGUUCUUCCGUUACUAGAGCAACGACAGAAGAAUCUAAAUGAAGCAGGGAAGAUUUUAUGCGAAAAGUAUAAUGGUUCCUUUAGUAAUCUUUUGUUGGAGUGUGACCACGAUGUUAAUCACGUGAUUCAAAAAGUGACUCAUCAUUUUACGUCAUUUCGGGACGAAGCUACAUUCGACGAGCAGACAGUUUGUUUUUAUAAGCGAGUUCAAAUCCUUAUCGCCGACAUGUGGGCUUGUUUUGACGCUCAAAGUUUUGGCGAGUUCCAUAAUAUCGAAUUGUUAACGAUGUUUGCCGAUUAUCGAGUUCCACAAGCGUUGUUAGCGCUGAAUCUGCUUAGUUACAGCGAAGAACUUAUGUGUAAAUUACAGAACAAUGUACAGAUUCCUUCCAACUCCCGCGAAGAAAUGGAGAUUCGUGGGUGUUCGAUUCAUGCUGUGGAGAUCUUACGUGAAGAAAUAGCCAAGCUUAAUGAGUCGACUGUUCAUUCACUAAUGUUAGAUUUUUAUCUCUGGGAUUUUGCAACACAAAAUCCAGAGAAGAUGAAAGGUUUUCCAGAGCAUAGGACCAGGUCCACAUUUUAUUAAAUAACGAACAGUGGAAGAUUUUUAUUAAGAAAUAUAUUAUUUUAAAUUUU